CAUAAAUAGGCUGGCGGAUUUCCCUGGCUGAGCAUUUGGGCUGCAGUGAGGGAACCUGCUGAACGAGCGAGAGAAGAAGGCAGGGAAGGAAGAGCGAGGCCGGGGAGGAGGAGGAGGGGAGGCCGGCAGGGAGGGAUUAAAGACUCCCACCAUCUUCUGCCAUCACAUCUGCAAAGCAGAUCGGGACUCCCACCUCCUCCCUUCAGGAAACACCUCCGGGGAUCCACCGAGGAUUGCGCGCCCCCACCGACCACCCACCUUCCCACCCUCCUCCGCCAACUGGCCCCCUCCCCCGGGCCCACAGCGCCUUCUUUCCUCCCCCAGCAGCGCCCCCCUCGCCGCCGCAACUUUUCUCUCGCAUGGUCUCCUUCGCACGGAUUUGCCACGCGGAUGCCGCCUUGUCAGGAGCGGAGCUCGGAGCCGCUUUGAACCCGCCGCCGAAGCAGCCGCCGCCGCAGCCUCCUUCUCCUCUUCCUCCAGUGCUAUGACAGGCAAACUCGUGGAUAAGCUGCCAGGGACCAUGAACACUUUGAUGAACCAGUUGCCUGACAAUUUGUACCCCGAGGAGAUCCCCAACUCUCUGAACAUCUUCUCCAGCAACGGCGAGGCGUCGGUGGCUCACUAUAAUAACCAGAUGGCGACAGGUAAAGAAGGAAGGGGGAGGGGGCGUGUGGCGGUGGCGGGGGGGAGGGAGGGGGCGAAGCAUGUCGCUCUGUCGGGGGUGGGUGGGCGGGCGGUGAAGCCUUCGCGGGCAAAGAGAGGCCGGAGCUGAGCCUGUGAAUCUGCCCCUACCCCCAUCUCCCAUCCAUCCCUCCACCGCCUCCUCUGCGCGCUGGAGCCAUUGCUGCUGCCGCUGCGCUGCCGGGCUCCGGAGCAGAGGGGCAGGCAGGAACUCCCAGCGGGGGGAGAAGCUGGAAGGUACGGUGGGGCAGGGGCUGGCAAGCUAGGCGAGCGAGCGAGCGAGGGGCCGUUGGAAGCCACCCUUCUCCCUCGCGCCCCUUGGACUUUGCCCUUUGGAGGCCUUGCCACUGGUCUCUCGGGCGUACGCCGGUGGCCGUGGGGCUGAUUCGCCCUUCUCCCCUGCAAGUCCUUCGCAUGCAUGUCCGUGUGUGUGUGUGUUUCCCCGUGUCUGUUAGUCCUUGUGCGUGUGUCUCUGUCUCCCUCUCCGUGCGCUGUGGCUUCUCUGUGGCACAGGCUGCCAUCGCCGCGCGGGCACCCCCUCCUCCCUGUGCACACGCACACCACCCAGCACCCCCUCAUUCUCCUGCCUCUUUUUAGCUAUACGUAUACAGAAAUCAUGUCGGAACGAGUGGGAGCGGGUGAGAGGGAUCUUCUUUUUCUGUUUCCCAACGUGGGGAGGUUUCUCGGAGGAGGAUUCCUGGGGUCGGAGAUGGGGGUAGGCAAAGAGGAGAACUGAGGUUGGGGCCAGGAGAGGGGGGGGCUUCCUCGGCCUCCAUCUCUCGUGCCGGAGCCAUCCGGGGCAGGUGAAGUUGCGUCGGCUCUUUCUGGACGCCGCCAAGGAAGUGGAGGGGACGCUGGGCACCCGCGCGGACUGCGCCGGGAGGCGAGAGGUCUGCGCGCUGGGCUGGAGCCUCUUUUGCUGCAAGCGUUGCUGUGAGAGCAGACCCGGUUCGGUUCUGCCUGGCCUCACCCUAACAAGCAGCGCAGGGCUCUCUCAUUUCGAUCAACCAACACUCCCCCCCCGCCAAGUCGCACCCCCUUCUCUCCACAGUAUUGCUUGAUCUCCCCCGCCACCCCUAAAAAGAGAGCGAGAGAGACAGAGAAAGAAAAAACACCCUCCCCCUUAUAUUUUUCAUAACUGGUCUCGACGCAGAAAUCACGGCAAGUUUGUAAAGCUCUGCUGGAAGUCCCGGUCUGCGUCGGUGGGGUGGGAAAACGCCUGGAGAGCAGCAGAGAGAAAGAGAGAACGAGAGGCAGACCAGUUCGCUCUUGGCAGCCUGAGCCUACCUGUAAUUUCAGGUACCUGCUUCCUCCUGACCCCGCUUCUCCUCCUCCUGCUCCUGCUCCCUCUCCCAAUCUUUCCCCCUCUCUCCUCGGGGUUGUGUUCUCGUCGGACCUCUCCCUAAGUACACAGACACCCGACCAGCGUUGCCCGAUGCCUUGGAGGCUCAAGUACGUAGGAAACUCGGAGGCUCGUCCGGCGGCUCCGGCAAUGGAGUCGCCUGCCUGCUCCCCUUCCCAGGGUUCCCAUGAAGAUGGCCUGUGCAGAUUACGUUAGCUGCUUGUGUGUGUGCGCGCUUCGAUAUUCUCUCGCGCGUGUGUCUGUCUCGUCUGGGUGUGUGUACGUAUGUCGCUAACGUGUGUGUUUGUACAUGCUUGCAUUUCGUACCCAGGCAAGUGCCACAGUUGUAUGUUGUUGCUUUCUAGCGUUCCAAGUGCGCGCGCGCGCAUAUGGCGGAGUACAUGUAUGCCGCCCUAUAUGUGCGUGUGGUGCGUGUGCUGAAAUCGUUACAGACACAUACAUAUCACAUAUCUGUGUGUGAGCUGGUGUGCUUGUGUGCAUACAUGGCUAUGUAGAGAUGCACAGUCCAGACUCCUUGGAAGUUAGAGCCUCAGUUUCCCGGCACUUGUUGGGCGCGCGGUCGGGGAUCAGCCUUUGAUCGGGUUUUGUGUGCCCCUCCCCUGUAGGAUCCCGAUCUUUGAGCAGAUGCACUCAAGGGCUCCGCCUCCCCGGCCUCCCGACGGCGGCUCUUUCCUUGUGUCUGCACCUGAUCUGUCUCGUGUGCAAGACCAUGUGCUGGAGGCGGUGCUGCUCAGCUUCUGCCCGCGCCUUCCCAUGGUUUUGCAGGAUUCGGACUUCCAAACUGGGGGGGGGGACCCACCUACGCCCAAUGAAUUCUCCCUUGUCUAAAUAAGGGCCCCUUCCCCGCAACCCGACGACUCCCCCUGCCCCGCAAUCGCUGACCCGUUUUCUUUCUUUCUUUCUUCCGUCCUUCCUUCCUUCCUUUCCCCUUUUCUCCCCGCUCUGGCUUCUCUCCUUCUCGCCCUCCGCAGAUAAUGUUAUGGAUAUUGGCUUAGCCAACGACAAGUCCGGCCAAGACCUGUCGUCGUACUCGGGCUCCUUCCAGCCCGCCCCCGGCGGCAACAAAACGGUGACCUACCUGGGCAAGUUCGCCUUCGACUCGCCGUCCAACUGGUGCCAGGACAACAUCAUCAGCCUGAUGAGCGCGGGCAUCCUGGGGGUGCCUCCGCCGCCGCCGCCCUCCUCCAGCGCGCAGGCCUCGACGGGCAGCAUGGUGCAAGUCCAGAGCCAGGGCGACGUCGAAGGCAUGUACCCAGCGCUGCCCCCUUACUCCACCUGCAGUGACCUUUACGCGGGCGAGCCGGUGCCCUUCCACGACCCGCAGGGCAACGCCGGCCUCUCCUACUCGGCGCAGGAUUACCAAGGGGCCAAGCCCGGCGGCGGCGGCGGGGGCGGGGGCGGCGGCGGCCUGGAGAGCAACCUCUUCCCCAUGAUCCCGGACUACAACCUCUACCACGGGCACCCCAACGACCUGGGCAGCCUCCCUGAGCACAAACCUUUCCAGAACCUGGACUCGAUCCGGGUCAACCCGCCGCCCAUCACCCCCCUGGAGACCAUCAAAGCCUUCAAGGACAAGCAGAUCCACCCGGGCUUCGGCAGCCUAGCGCAGCAGCAGCCCCCGCUCACGCUCAAGCCCAUCCGGCCGCGCAAGUACCCCAACCGGCCCAGCAAGACGCCCCUGCACGAGCGGCCGCACGCCUGCCCGGCGGAGGGCUGCGACCGGCGCUUCUCUCGCUCCGACGAGCUGACGCGGCACCUGCGCAUCCACACGGGCCACAAGCCCUUCCAGUGCCGCAUCUGCAUGCGCAGCUUCAGCCGCAGCGACCACCUCACCACGCACAUCCGCACGCACACGGGCGAGAAGCCCUUCGCCUGCGAGUUUUGCGGGCGCAAGUUCGCGCGCAGCGACGAGCGCAAGAGGCACGCCAAGAUCCACCUCAAGCAGAAGGAGAAGAAAGCCGACAAGGGCUCGGCGGCGGCUGUCAGCGCGCCCGGGGGGGCCGGGCCCGGCGGCUCGCCCGCCGUCUCGUCGCUGGCCCCCGUGGUCACCACCUGCGCGUGACGCUGCUCCCGCCCCGCCGAGCCCCAGUGCCUCUCCAGCGCUGUCUUUCGUGCCCACCUGGCGCAAAACCCGCCGAGCAGCGGCGGCGGCGGCGGCAGAAGCUGUUGGCCUCCCCAGGCUCCCGCCAAAGGGAUGCCUUUGCGCGCAAGCCUCUCGCCGCCGCCAAGCUGGUGGUGGGAGGAAGCCUUGAACUUUCCGCCGGAUCGUCUUGAUUCUCAGCGGCUUAGGAGAGGAGGGCAAGCGGGGACUGAGCCACUUCUCCCGGAGGAGCUGUCCUGGGCAUGGGGUGCCUGGGGGGGAAGCUCCGUCUGGCACGUGUGAAAGGGUAGCGGAUGGACACGGGAAAACUUCCCUGGAUUCCUCUCCCCCUACCCCAACAGAUGCCCUUCCUCUGAUCUUCCUCCUUUCCUUCUCCCUCGAGGGAGGGGGCACCAAAGCGCAGUGCGUGCUGCCCGUGGAGGCCGUCUGGGCGCGUGUGUGUGCGUGCGUGUGUCAGCCUCUUGAACUGAACCUGGCUGCUUUUUAGCCAACAGUUAAGUUCCCCGUCCCCUGUGCACCGUGGAGUGGGGCCCCCCACCAGAGCCUUUCCCCCCUCCCUUCCCAGUCCCAACGCCCUGGGGAGAUGCUGGAAGAAAUUGGGUGACUUUUGCAAAGGAUGGCGAGCCAGUCAGUCCCUUGUAGGAAUGCGCUGCGGCUGUGCUGCUUUGCUGCAGCUGUGGCUGCCUCUGUCUUGGUCUCCCUCUCGGAGUGCCGGAGCCGCCUUGCUCUCCUUUGCCAUGACUGGGGAGCAACCUGGGUGAUUUCUGGCUUUUUCACAUGGAGAGAGUUCUUCCUCUUUUUUCUUGGCAAUUAAACCCCCUUUCCCGUAAGUCUUCCUCUUGCUCCCUUUUCUCCCUCCCUCCCCCAUCCCUCCAAAAGUAUUACCCAACCUCCUCCAAACCUGUAAUAAAACCAAUGACACUCCCGCCCGCCCGCCCGCCCGCCGCCCCAAACACCCGCCUGUUCUUUCGCCUUCCUUGGCUGGCUCUUCGGCCUCCUCUUCUUCCACCUUGGAAAUGAGCAGGGCUUUCCAAAACAGGGUCCGGCCCUUCCAUGUCACUCUCAGCUUCCUAGUGCAGAGGGAUUGUAAAUAGCGACCACAGCAAAACUUAGUCUGGGUGUCAUUAUAUAGCUUUAAGAAUUGUUGAGGGUGGGGAAUGAAAGCGAGAAAGGGGCAGUAACUGGGGAAACUGGUGCAGGCACUUCAAACUUUAUUUCCUCCAAAGGAGGAGUUGGGUGAAGAGAGAGAAUGAAGAAACAUGGAUUUAUCGAUCCCUUUGAUUAGAUUUGUCACACCAAGCCCACCUCCUUGUCAUCCGCUGUUGGCAGCUCUGAAUGUAGCGAGAAAAGGGGGUUGGAGGGAGUCAAGCUCCCCUGACUUGAAUGUACAGGACUGCUGAGGAUCCCUAUUCACUUUUCUCUGAGACUAGGCUACUGCUGGGAGUGGGAGAGGCAGGAGAGUUUACAGGGUGUGUCUGUUUCGAGGGUCGGCUUUUGUGUGUGUUCAUACCCUUGCCCCUUCUAUUCUUCUUUAAAAGCACUGUGUGUGUGUGUGUGUGUGUGUGUGUGUGUGUGAGAGAGAGAGAGAGAGAGAGAGAGAGAGAGAGAGAGAGAGAACGUGUGCGCGUGUGAAUGCGUGGUAGAUUCAGAUGAACUAUUUAAGUGUUCAUAAGACCCUUAACAAACGAAUGGGAGGCGGGUUAGCAAUUUCCAGGUCAUUUUAGCUCACCUGGGGGAUGCCAUUUUGGGAAAGAGGGCUAAUGGGCAUCAAUUUGGGAUGCGUUUUGUUUUGUUUUUUGUUUUUUUAGCACAAGGACAAUUAUUUCCAGAAAUGCAGAAAACAGUGUUUUAAAUGCGUACUUUUUAUAAUGUGAUUUUAUUGUUUUGUUUUGUUUUGAUUUGGGGGGUCACUUAACAUAAACAGGGGUGGGGAGAGAAAGCAGUUUGCCUUUUUUCCUUUACUCCUUCUGGUACGUGCAUGUCAUUGCAUGUCUUGCUUUGUUUUUCUUUUCUUUUCUUUUGUUUUAAUAAAACUGCUCAGAUAUUUAAGCAAAACAAUGAUGAUAAUUAUUAAAAAAACUUGUUGCCAAAAGGUUGUGUUUUAUCCAGGUUUGAUGUCUGCAUGUUAAAAAGAAAAUUAAAACAAACAUUCUCAGAGAGAGAGAGAAAUGCAGUCUAUGUGAACUGAAAGAAACAAAAAUCAGGUUUAACUACAAAAAUCUAAGGGGAUGAUAUUUUUUGAAAGACUUUUGUAUAAAGUUGAGUACUUAGGGGAAAAGAGACAAAUCAGAUGUAAUAUAUUUUGUGGAUGUUUUUAUUUCUUGGAUUUAUAGUACCUUAUACUAAGGUUAAAAUGCUUGAUAUUGUGAAAAAAGUGAUAAUUUUCACACACAUUUCAUUGGCUCAUUUGUCAUGUAAUGCAAAUAUGAUAGUUAAUGCAUACAGCAUUUUAAAGGGGAAAAUCAGAAAUAUUGAACUGAUGUAUUGUUGUACCAUUUGCACUGUGAGCAAAUGCUAAUGCAGUAAAUAUAUUGUGUUUGCUGACAAUC